UGUAAGCAAUAACGGUAGUUGUUUAUAAUCAAUUCGGUGGGAGUGUGGAAUAAUGGGAAUUUAUUUUGAUACAGUUUAUUUUGGAUACGGUAUUUAAGGUCACCGCUUUUGGAAAUAUAAAGAGAGCUAAUUUAAAUCAGCUGUAUGAUUAGUAUCAGGAAUUCCAUCAAAGCAACAGCUUGCUGACGUGAAAGAUCACUUGAUAGGCCUUGAAAAACAGCGAAUGGUUUUAGUAACAGUACGCCAAGUAAAAGCAUUUGCAUACAAGUCGGUCUAUUCGCGCUUACACUGCUCACUAUUCUGUUUGGAAUUCAAGACUCUUCAAUAAGUUGCAACAAUGAGUUCACCCCGUUGCGUCGGAAUUUUCGCCAUAAUGGUAAUGGUAGUGAGACUUUCUAUACUAACAUCUGCUAGUGUCAUUCCAACUGGAUUGGGGGGUGGCCCCGUUUCGCCUGAAUUAGGUCUUUACGAUCUUAAUGAUAAGGUGACUGUCCUCACAGUGAACAAUUUUAAUGACACGGUACUACAUCAAAAUCGUUCCUUGCUGGUAGAGUUUUAUAACACAUUUUGCGGUCAUUGCCAACGUUACGCUCCGCACUACAAAGAGUUAGCGGAAAGAUUGUAUCCGUGGCGUGAAACUUUACUCGUUGCAGCCAUCGACUGCAAUGCAUUCGAAAACACUGGAAUUUGCCGUGACUACGAAAUAUUUGCAUAUCCCACAUUACGUUACUUUUCACCCGGUUAUAUGUGCAAAGAAGGAAACUAUGGUCAAUUUGUUAAGCCAAAUGUCAAAGUGGAUGACCUUGCAGCGAAUAUGGCUCAACGCUUGGUAGCAGAAAAUGGCACCGAUAGUCUGCCAAACUUUCCAAAUCUACAUAGUGUGACUGAAAACGAAGAAAAAAAUCUUUUCGAGGGCUUAGAUAGCAAUAGAAAGUUAGUGAUAUUAGCGUAUGAACCGGAGAACACCACCGUGGGUCUAGAGAGUGUUUUAAACUUUCACUUAUGGCCGGAUGUGCAGGUACGCCGGAUCACUGAUUUAAAUGUGGCCAACAAAUUCCAAAUCGACGGAAUACAUUAUAAGAUAGCAACAGUAGAUAGACAAGGAAACGUGGUGCCGUAUAGUGUGAAAGAAGACACACCACAAGCAUACGUGGCUACAAUUCAAAGUAUUCUAGAAGCGCAGCAUUUUAAGCCCCGCUCAGUAGAAGUAAAAAAAGGUGUAGCUAACACUGCACAAGUCCCUGAUGACGAAACCGGGCGAACAGCUAUAAUUUCUGAAGUGCUUCGCAAUAAGCAUUUCGUUUAUCAAGCUGACCUCGAAAUGGCCAUACGUCAAAUGCUAUUCAACGAAAUACCUAAAGUUCAUGAGAUACACGGCGAGCAAUUGUUGGCACUACAGCGUAUACUUGGCGUACUGCAACGUUAUCAUCCACUUGGUCCACAAGGCAACGAGGUCAUUCGGCGUCUCCAUGAAUAUGUGCUGAAUGCUAAUGAAUCGGUUAACGGCGGCGACUUUCAAACCAUGUUGGAACAUUUGAAUAAAACUCUCGGUCCAAUAUUCUCCUCAAAUCACUUUGUCGGUUGUGUAAGCUCUCAGCAUAAUAAGCGUGGCUACACCUGUUCGCUUUGGACAAUCUUCCAUUAUCUUACUGUACAGGCAGCGCGUCUUGAAAUCAGUAAUGAUCCGCUGGAGGUAUUAACGGCCAUACAUGGUUAUGUGAAAUACUUUUUCGGCUGUACGCAUUGCUCAGAGCAUUUUCAGGCCAUGGCAACUCGUCGGAAAAUUUGGAACGUACCCAGCAAAGAUGAAGCCGUGCUCUGGUUAUGGGCCGCACACAAUGAAGUAAAUAAUCGGUUAGCUGGUGAUGACACCGAGGAUCCUCAAUUUGCCAAAAUACAAUUUCCCAGCGAAUCAAGUUGUCAUCAGUGCCGCAGAAGUGAUCAAAGUAAAACUGACGUCAACUGGGAUAAGGAUGCCGUACUCAGUUUCCUUAAAAAUAUUCACAAUCCCGGCUUUGUCAGCCGUUACGGUAUCGACAACGAAGCUGUGUUGCAGCCAUCGCUGGAUAAGUUGCGUCAAAAACGCAGGGUCGGUAAUGUGUUCUCCGAAAUGGACAUGCGUAUGGGUAUGUUGUUGUAUGGGUUCUGUGUCAUCAUGAUGGUUGUUGCAUUCAAACUAUUCGCCAUUAAAGGUUAUCGCAAAAGGCCAUAUAUGCAUGACGCGCUCGGAAAAGUCUAACAUAGCACCAUGGAGAUGUCAAGUAAUAAUAAUAAUAAUAAAUAGAAAACGCAGAGAAAAUGACAAAGUUUCACCAUUAUGUGAAACAGAGUGAUACAUGAGACGAAAACUUGUUUUUUUACAAGACAAAGACAAGGACUCUCAAUUAAGAUUCCAUUUAUAGUGUAAUAUGUAUAUAAUGAUGUGAAGAUUAUGGCUUGAGCAUAAACUUGAGGUGUAAGCAUUUGAGCAUUUCAAAAGAAAUCGAAAGUGACUAUUUUUAAAAGCAAAAUAAAUUCUAAAAUUAUUGUUGAUCAAUUACGUUGCUUAAUAUACAUAUUUACAAUGAAUACAAAAAUUCUCAAUACUGUAAUUCCAAUGAUGUUAGUUAGCUAUACACAUGUACAUUUAUACAAGCCUUCCAUACAUAAUAUUGUAUAUUUUUAAGAAAUGAGCGAUUGUUGUAACGAACCCACAGAAAUUACAUACAUUUAUAUUAUAAGCAACUGCACCUACAACAAACUUUUAUUACUUUUUUUACUCUGACACGCGACACGACAAACAUAAAUAUAUAUGUACGAGUAUGUACGAAUGUUUAUGGAAACAAGUAGCAUUUUCUUUAUGCCAAUUUGUGAUCCGUAAUAUAAAAUCUAGUAUAUGAUUGCAAAGUCAAAUAAACCGAAGCAGCUGAUAAUUUGCUAUUGUGAUGCACAUCGGACUCAUUAUAUUAAUAGAUUUAUUUGUAAAUAAAUAGAAUAAAAACAUCA